CGUCGUAGCUCCUCUCAUGUUUCCAUAUAUACCUGUGGAGUUUCCCUUGUACUGUUGCUCGGCCUAAGCAGGCUCUACUAUCGGAAGAAGACGAAUCGACCCCAGAAAGAAAGCAAAAAAGGAAGCGGCAUAACAGCGAGUUUUUGUUUUUCAAUUCACUGCCUUCGUGAGUAUCAGGUGUGCACAACAUGGGCAAAGCUUCAAGGGAUAAGAGGGAUAUAUACUACAGGAAAGCAAAAGAAGAAGGUUGGCGUGCUCGAAGUGCCUUUAAGCUCCUUCAAAUAGAUGAAGAAUUCAAUAUAUUUGAAGGAGUGAAGCGUGUGGUAGAUUUAUGCGCUGCCCCUGGUAGCUGGAGUCAGGUUUUGAGUCGGAAAUUGUAUCUGCCAACAAAGCUUUCAGCUGAUUCUAGGGAUAGUGAUCUUCCUCUUAUUGUGGCCAUUGAUUUGCAGCCCAUGGCACCAAUUGAAGGGGUUAUUCAGGUGCAAGGUGAUAUAACAAAUGCUCGAACAGCUGAAGUGGUCAUUAGACAUUUUGACGGUUGCAAGGCUGACCUUGUUGUUUGUGAUGGUGCUCCUGAUGUAACUGGUCUUCAUGACAUGGAUGAAUUUGUACAAUCCCAGCUCAUACUAGCGGGCUUAACAAUUGUUGCCCAUGUACUUAGAGAAGGUGGAAAGUUUAUAGCAAAAAUAUUUCGGGGGAAAGAUACAAGUCUUCUGUACUGUCAGCUUAAAUUAUUUUUUCCUCUAGUGACUUUUGCAAAACCAAAAAGCAGCCGAAAUUCCAGCAUAGAGGCAUUUGCAGUUUGCGAGAAUUAUUCCCCUCCUGAAGGAUUUGAUCCAAAAAAUCUCCACCGCCUGCUAGAAAAGGUGGGGAGCCCAUCUGGGGCAAACAAUCUAGACUGCAGUAGUGGGUGGUUGGAAGGGCCAAAUAAGGUGUAUAUCCCAUUUCUAGCUUGCGGGGACCUCUCUGGAUAUGAUUCUGACCGGUCAUAUCCGUUACCUAAAGUUGCUGAUGGAAUUUACAAGAGUUUGGAUCCUGUACAGCCCCCAAUCGCCCCUCCUUAUAAGAGAGCUCUUGAAUUGAAGAAAGCAUCCAGUCAUGGAAUCCAAGAGCUUGAAAAGCUCUCCCUGGAUUCUUGAUCCUGGACAUUAUUUAUCUGUGUAUGCUACUCAAAAUGGCUUAAUUUGUUAUAGGAGAGUACCAAUGGAUGAAUGGAUAGACAAAAAUUAGCGUAAAACUUUGGACAUGUUGUUGUCAUUAAACAAUCUUUUUUCUUCGUCCUA